AUGAAGACGCCCGUGAAAAAACCUAGAUCGAGCAGUCAAAAGGAUCACGUCCUCCUCGUUCCUUCCACUCCCUCGCCUCCUCCUUCCUCCCCAUCCGGCGGCGCCUCCUCCCUCUUUCCCACGGCCUCCCGCAUCGUGCCGCCACUCCUCCUCUCUUCUGGAGCCGCCACCGGCUGGCUCCUCCUCCUCUCUUCUGGAUCGGGCGCAGCCGCCAUAGAAGAGCAUGGGCUCGAACUGAGUGAGGAAGAGGUGGUUUGCGGCCAUGCAGGUGAGGAGGGCAGCCUUCCGCUGAACGCCACCGUCCUCUCCUCGAGCGCCUUCGCAGCCAGAAGAGGCAGAUAUGUACGGAGGAUCCACGAGCUUGGUGCCAUCUGUCCCGUCCGUCGACGCCCACCCCCUCUUCCCCAACGCGUAGGUGCUCUAUUCACUUGCGUCUUCGCUGCCUCAAGUGUGCCAGCUGUAGAUGCGACCACCAGCUGUUUGUAUAAAUCCUCAAGGAGGACUGCUCUGGGGAGGACAUCACGUGUGUUUGAAAGAGAGGGAUGGAAAAGAGGGGGCUGGAGUGAGAGGAGAAGAGGAAGGAAUCGAACCACAUGUUAUUUCUUUGUCAUCGACGUCAUCCCACCAUUGUAUAGAUUUUCUUGGAUGACAUGCGGCCCAUACUCUCGCCCCUUGUCCUCCAUCUCUGUUGGUCGUGCAGGAUGGUCUGCUAAUUUCCCUGAUGCUUCAUCAGGUUUUGGAAGCAUCGGGCUAAGGGGUGAUUAUGCUCAGAUUUUGAUGCAGUUUAGGUCUGACCAGCACAAGUGGCAACAGGUAGUAGUGGAGAAGGCAUGAAGAGGCCCACAUAUGAAAAUCUCAACUAUUCUAGGAUUUUCGAGCUGCUGACCAUGUGAUUGGUAGCCGACGAUUUCUUCAUGGGUUGCUGAUUUCUCAAGUUUUGCCUCACACAAAAGAGGGCUAGCAACACCUUUGACAGAAACAGCCAACAUUCAGUGCAGAUCCGGUAUAUUCUGGUUGUCUUCCAUUUAGUUGACGGCAUGCAAGACUGAUCUGAUGCAUCUACUGCUUGUUGACUUGGUUAUAUUUAUCUAUAAAGUGGCAGUGGUGUAGAAUAUAUCCUCUGCCAUGGAAGGAGGUAUUUGAUGCUGUCAGAUGGCAUAUAGGUCAAUAAUGAGGUGACUGCCGGGGUAAUCUCAGGAAGGGACAAUGACACAAAUUAACUUUGUUGACAAGCCCACGAUCACGGGGAACAAGCCGUCCUGCCGUGUUUCCAUGUACUGCAAGUUGACGACAAGUUCAUUGUUGAUGCCAUGUAAUUUCUUACAAAAAUACAUGUGGUACAGGUAAGCAUGCUAUUACCCGCCAUUGUGUGUGUUUUGCAUAUUUUUCUAUUCAAUACUAUGAAGUUUUCCUCUGUUAUGCUCUUCUCAGUAUGAAGGCCGACACUGAUUAUCAAGUGGUAUGGCACUCUUCUUUAUCAGCUCUAUCCCAUCCUGUAGAGGCUUUGUGAAAAUAACUCCAUGUUAUCUUCUACAUAAUUUUGCAUUUCUUUGCAGAGAUAAGAUGUGAAUUUAUGGUAUAAGUUUCAAAAGUUUGGCAGAAUCCUUGAUCUAAAGUGAAAUAGAGUUGUAUUAUCUCCUAUAUGAGUUAAAACUUCUUGCAAUCAGUAAUUAGCCAUGCAUUUUGAGGGUAUGAAAGUUGAACAAAAUUUGAGUUUCUUGGUUGCAUGUUACAGAGUGUUGUACUAAACAAAGAUGAGUUGCAAUGAGUUUUAUAUAUUUAGUUUUCAAUUAUAAAGAUUUCUACAAAGCACGAAACAUUUCCGAUUCUUUCUGAUUUUGUGUGCAUGUUGUCGCAGGUUUAUUUGAAGAAUUAUAUAUAUUUAUUGAUACAACAUCUUCUAGUAUAGAUCUUAAAUGACAGCAAUAUCUGAAGUUACUUGUGUCUGCUUCCCCUCUUGAAAUCAACAUUUUUUUUUGAUUUUUCGGUACUUAAGUAAGGUCACUCAUCAGUGAGCAGGAAGUGUCUUCUCGAUACUUGUGUGAUGAAGGCCAAAAUUGGUUUUCUAACUUAUUAUUGU